AUGAAUUCUCUUCGAAUCAUGAUGAAGUUAAUGAGGAAGCAAACAAGAAGAAGGAAGUUGAAAAAGAAGAAGAGGAAAAAUGCAAUUUCUCAAAUGCCCUCAUAUGCUAAGUUCCUAAAGGAAAUCUUGUCAAACAAGAAAAAAUUGAAGGAUUAUGAAACUGUUGCACUUACUGAAGAAUGCAGUGCUAUAUUGCAGAAUAAGCUUCCCCCUAAGCUUAAAGAUCCAGGAAGUUUCUCUAUUUCAUGUCACAUUGGAGAGACAAGUAUUGAAAAUGCAUUGUGUGAUCUUGGAGCUAGUGUAAGUUUGAUGCCACUCUCCAUUUAUGAAAAGUUGAAGAUGGAGGAGGAUGUAAGAACACCCAUUAUACUUGGAAGACCAUUUUUAGCUAUUGCAGGAGCUAAUAUAGAUGUGAAGAAUGGGAAAUUAAAGUUGAAGGUAGGAGAAGAGGAAAUAGAAUUCAAUCUAUUCCAAGAUUCCAAGGAAUCAGCUGUGGUAAAUUCUUGCUAUAAGGUGGAUGUUAUAGAAAAUAAUACUAGAAUGGAAGAUAUUAAGUUGGAGGGAAGUCAAAUUACUCUUCAUUCUCAGUGUAAUUAG